CCAAUUUUACUUGGUUUAUAGUUUUCUUAAUCUUUUUAAUAUCUAUAUGUAACAAUAUCAAUAGCAUAGGAACAUUUUGAUUACGAUAGGUUAGCAAUUCUAUCGAAGAACCUCCGGGUUCUAGGUGGUGUACCUAAGUACUGAGCUAUCGGCUUUCGUUGACCGUGACAUGGCAUGAGCAAAAAAUAUUAACAAUGACAAUUAAAUAGAAAAACCUCUCGACCGCAAAUCCCCUAAUCGUGAGGCGAUGCUGGUGCGUUUUAAUCUGCUCGGUAUCGAUGUCGGCAGCGUAUCGCAAUCCGUACUUCCGUCAAUCACCUAAUAUCCUGUUCUUUAUGGUCGACGAUAUGGGAUGGCGGGACGUAUCGUGGCACGGCUCAAACCAGAUAUUAACGCCGAACCUCGACCGUAUGGCCUACCAGAGCGUAGUGUUGCAGAGUUACUAUAGCGAGGCGAUAUGCACACCCGCUCGUACUGCCUUACUUACCGGCGUGUAUCCUAGCAAACUAGGAAUGCACGGUAUGCCGCUGUAUAACUCAGAAGAUAGAGGCAUACCGUUGACGCAGAGGCUUUUACCCUCGUACUUGAAAGAGCUGGGCUAUGCGACGCAUUUGGUUGGAAAAUGGCAUGUUGGCAUGUCGAAAAAAGAAUAUCUACCCACAUCUAGAGGAUACGAUUCCCACUACGGCAUGAGAGGAGGAUUCGUUGAUUAUUACACUUACAAUAAAGUCGAAACUUGGCCUAACGGACGUUUGUUAUUCGGCGACGAUCUAUUUUUCAACGAUAUACCUCAGGAAAAAGAACAACGUUAUAUCGUAGACGCACUCACACAUCAGGCUGUUAGCGUGAUCAGACAUCACAACUCUUCGACUCCACUAUUCCUUCACAUUACCCACAACGCGCCCCACGCUGGCAAUGGCGGCGGCGCUCUCCAGCCACCCUUGUAUUCCUCAAUCAAACAUCGACACAUCGCUAACUCCGAUCGCCGAUUGUAUGCAGAAAUAGUAUCACACGUUGACCAAAGUUUCGGUGAAGUAGUCAGAGCUCUUUCAGAAAAUGGUAUGCUAGAUGACACCAUUAUUAUUUUCGCAUCAGAUAAUGGCGCCCCAACUACUGGAGAAUUUUCCAACUGGGGCAUUAAUUUACCAUUUAGAGGAAAGAAAAAUACACCCUGGGAAGGAGCAGUUAGAGUGCCAGCGUUUAUGUGGCAUUCAUCAUUCACACCUGCAGUAUGGAACGGUCUAAUGCAUAUAACUGAUUGGUUGCCCACAUUACUGGCUGCAGCGGGAGGAAAACUUGAUAAAACUAUUGACGGUGUCAACCAAUGGGACUCUAUCAUUCGGAAUUCCAAAUCUCAAAGAAAUGAGGUUUUAAUAGCCAUCGAAGACAGCAGUAGAAAUAUGUAUGGUGCUUACAGAUCUGGAGAUUAUAAAGUUGUUAUUGGUAACGUCACUGGCGUUAGUAAUGAUUACUAUGGGGAAGAAUUUUUGGCAAUUAAAGGAAAAGAGCCAGAAUAUCUACCAAGUUUAAGGUCUUGCGUAGUAUCAAGAAUAUUUGACAGAAUGGGUAUAUAUAGACAGAAUGAAGAUUUUCUAGCAAUGAGAAGAGCUACUACAAUAGACGCACAGGGACCGUUUACUAAUGUAACUUUGUGCAUACCGACUCUGACUCGAGGAUGCCUUUAUAAUGUUCGAGAAGAUCCAGGUGAAAGAAAUGACUUAUGGCAGAGAGAAAACGGUAUCGCAACGAGACUGAUCAACAGACUUCGAGAACUUUGGGCGCUGCAGAUGAGACGUGGUCCGCCCGCCCUUAGUGACGCCGCAGACCCUGCUAAUUUUAAUUACAUCUGGAUGCCGUGGAUAAAAAGUAACUGUACAACAUCAGGAAUACCUGAUAAUUCGAACAAAAAUACUGUAUCUUAUCUAAAUUUCGAUGAAGGAAAGAGAAAUGAUGUUAAAAACAUACCUUUUCCAACAGUUGUCAAUUGCGAAAGUACAACUAUACUUAAAAACUUUUUGUGUAUCUUAAGAAGUGUUUUCUAGUUCAAUUGUUUUAAGUCUUUGUUGAUUAAUGCAGUGUAAAGUUAUAUAAUUAUUUUAGAAUGAUUAUAAAAAUCUAUGGCGAUUUUUACUUUUAGUCAGGACUAAAUAUAAGAAUAAUAGAUUAAUUUAUGAGAUAAAUACCAAUACAAUGUUAUAUAAUAACAUAUACUCCGACAUACUCCUCCGUUAUAUUUUUCGUAAAUCAUUCAUAAGGAUCAAUAUUCGUAGAAUUUUGAUAACGAUGAAUUCAUCGUGAAAAUUUAAUAAAGAACAUAUGUGUAGCUACGUAUUAUUUUGAAGGAGACGAACUAUAGCCGUAUUUACCUAUAUUAUGGCAAUAUGAUUCCUAACAUAACGUUUAGCUAAGUAUGAAGUUAAGAAUAAAUUCGUAAUACAAAGCAAAUUUGCAAAGGCUUGUUCCUUAAAUUAUUAAUCUUGAAAAAAUUAUCAUUCUAUAAUAUUAUAAUUGCGAAAGUUUAGAUGGAU